AUGGUGAAUCGUCGACGCUUGAGUCGGGUGGCGACGAGCGAUGACGAAGACGAAGUACCGCUCCCCCAACGCACGCGGAAGAGGAUGAGGCUUCUAGAGGAAGACAACGACUACGAGAACGAAGAAGAAGAAAAAGAAGAGGUACCGGAACCGCCUCAGCCUGCGGAGGACGCUAAGCCUAUUGGCGAACCCGUUAGGAUAUCAGGAAAAGGAAGAGGCAGGAAAAGACACUAUGUCUCCUUCGAGUUCGAUGGCAUCCAAUAUACUCUCGAGGACCCUGUUCUUCUUGUACCCGAGGAGAAAGGCCAAAAGCCAUAUGUCGCAAUUAUUAAGGACAUUACGCAGUCUAACAGUGGCAACGUCAAAGUGACAGGGCAGUGGUUUUAUCGCCCAGAAGAAGCUGAGAAAAAAGGUGGUGGAAACUGGCAAUCGUGUGAUACAAGGGAGCUGUUUUAUAGUUUUCAUCGUGAUGAUGUUCCUGCGGAGGCUGUAAUGCAUAAGUGUGUGGUGCAUUUUGUUCCCAGACACAAACAGCUUCCGAAACGGAAGGAUCACCCUGGGUUUAUUGUACAGAAGGUGUAUGACACUGUGGAAAGAAAACUCUGGAGGCUGAGUGAUAAGGACUACGAGGAUAUUAAGCAGCAAGAAAUUGAUGUGCUUGUUCAAAAGACUCUGGAACGUAUUGGUGAACUUCUUGACAUUGAGCCUAAGGAGGAAGCCCCUGAUGAUGACGAGGACCAGAUGAAACAAGGAAAAAGCUUGAGGAGAAAGAGUGUUUCCCCUCCCAAUGUUUCAAAGGAAGAGGAAGAAACACUCAGGAGUGAACUAAAUCCAAAGUCAGAAACACCAGUGAGUUCUGUAACUAAUGCCUCAGAGUAUUAUCGCAUAUUGGUAGAAUUCAACGCACUAACUGGAGAUAGCCAUCGUGACAAAUGGUUGGAGAGGUUGCUUCAACGCAUUCAGUACAUGUGUGAUUCUAAUGAUAGCAAAGAAAUGGUGAAAGUAUUAGGAAAUGUCAAUUCUGAUGAAAUCAACUGCAGAACCAAGCAGAGAAGUUCAGAAUCAGUAAAUGACUGUCAAGAUAAGAGUUCCAAGUCUUUUAUCUGGCCAGAUGCUGCUGUUUCAGCCAUAGUUUCUCUCGAAAAAGCUUCACAUGAUGCUCUCUCAUCAGAUUCUAUGAAGUAUAACCAAAAAUUGCGGCAAUUGGCAUUUAAUCUCCAGAAGAAUGCAGUGUUAGCACGCGGUCUAUUAAAUGGAGAGUUGGAACCUUCAAAAAUAUUAAAUAUGACACCCAAUGAAUUAAAGUGUUACGAACUUACUCAACUGUCCCCUUCACUCUUCGAUUCUCUAUGCUACCCUUCCUUCCACUUUCACGGUGCGCUAGGGGUGAUUGCUGUUAAGGAGGGUUUGGUUGCUGACAAAAGAACCAAGGAGAAGCCUGACGAGACCCAGCACUUGCAAAUGACAGAUGGCCGCUGCUCAAAAUGUAUGGAAUGUAAGGUGGGCUUGAGAGAGAUUAUCCAUGCUGGAAAUAAUGAACGAUAUCAGUUGGAAUGCGUUUCCUGCGGUCAUUCCUGGUAUGCCUCUCGAGAUGAGGUGUCUAUGCCUACCAUAGAUGCAUCUGAUUCAAAAAGAAAUAUAGGCACUACGCCAUAG